UGCGGGAGGGAGGGACAGAGGGAGACAAGCAGUGCGGCAUUCAUCGACGAGAGAGGGAGGAGGUCGGGGACGAUGGGGUGCUAGAAGGGGGUGAUUGGAAAUGUGGAGUGAGGACGGGAGCGUUGUGGUGCAGGAGGAGCGGAGGAGGGGAAUUUGAAGGGGGAGCGAGUGAUUGUGGGAUCUUUUAGGGUUUUGGAAACCCUCAUGGAGGAAGUUGCAACAUGGUGCGGAUGGCUCAGCAAGAGUGGCAGCAGCAAGGGGCCAGCAACGCGCGGCGUCGAAGCUUGGAGACGGCCAUGAAGGAGCAACAGGCUCGCACCAAGGUGGCCGUGCGCCAUCUGCCGCCGAGCUUGAGUGAGGCCGUGUUUCAGGACCAGAUUGCGGGGAAGUAUGCAGGGGCGUAUACUUGGUGGUCUUAUCAUCCGGGGAAGAACAGCCACAAGCGCCAGGUAUAUUCGCGUGCGUAUAUCAAUUUCAAGAAGCCGGAGGAUGUAAUCGACUUCUACGAAGACUUUAAUGGACAUGUGUUUGUGAACGAAAGAGGGGCUCAGUACAAGGCCUUGGUCGAGUAUGCUCCUUAUCAGCGUGUUCCCAAACCUCGAUCGAAGAAGGAUGUCCGGGAAGGGACCAUAUUUAAAGAUCCAGAGUAUUUGGCUUUCGUGGAGCAGCUCGCUAAACCAGCGGAGUAUUUGCCGAGUGCUGAGAUUCAACUUGAGCGCAGAGAGGCUGAAAAGGCUGCCUCCUUGGUUUCUGGUACGAGUAAGGAUGCCGUAGUAGUGACCCCUUUGAUGGAGUUUGUGCGAUCGCGCAGAGCUGCAAAAUCUAUACCUCAGAGGGGGAUGGCAUCAAGCGCGAAGUUGGCUGCUCGUUCUGCAGGUGUAUCAGCCAGUGCAUAUAGUCUUGCUUCGCAGAAGCGCUCUUCUGAGAAAGGCCGGUCUGGGUCGAGUUCGUACGCGAGUGACAAUGCGUCGACCAGUAAGGAGUCUGCUAGUCACGGGCCUGCUCCUCGAGAUGAGCUACAGCGGAAAGAAAGAGAGACUUUGAUUGAACGAAAGAGGAAAGAAGCAGGUGAAGGGAAAGAGAAGAAGUCGGUGCGUGAGGCCGUUGCAGCUGCUAUCAGAGCAAAUUCUGGUAGUCACCGGGGCGAAGCUAGUAAGGAGAAGUCAAUCCUUUUGAACAAGGACUUAUCCGAGGCAUCAUCUGAGGGGAGACCUCUGCGAAUCUUGUCGGGUAGUGGGGAAUCUGGAUCAAGGACACAUACAGCUGGCAAGGUUUCCGCUGUGAACGGGUCGGGCGAGAAUACAACGGUAGCAGACUCUAGGGAAGGCCACAAGCGGGAGUACAAACGGAAACAAUUGCUGAUUGCUAGGGAAAAGGACAAAGAACCGGCAGUUGAGUCUGGGCAAGCGGCUCCGGCUGCGAAUGGUGUGUCAGGGAAUAAUCAGCGUCAUCGGUCGUCUGGGUCUACAAAAGUGGCAGCAGGAGCUGUGCAGCAGGCGCAGUCGGUCACCGCGUACCGUGCAACAUCUCCUGGAAAGUCCGGUUCCUCCGGUAAGCAGAACCAUAGACAAGAGUCUGGAGGGAGGAUCUCUCCGCGUGGUUCCUUACCGCAAGGCAGUUCAUCACCAGGGGCAGGUUCGGAUCAUCAAGCACAAUCUCAUGCGAGCGGCACGCAGGUGGAAAGAGUUGGAAAGCGACCUCCACGUCCUCAGGCGAUACGGUUGGCUGGAAAAGACCAGGCUGUUUCUUUGUUGUCGUCUGCGGAGGCGGAGGGUCAAGGAGGCAACGGAGAGGAGUGGUCUGUGAAGCAUGUUGGGAGUGAUGGAGUUGCGGUGACGCCAUCGUCAUCAGAAAAGCAGGACGCGAGACGGUUGAGGAACAAGGACAGGCCUGACAGGCCUGUGUGGACCCCUCGUCGUCGCGAAGGUGUGACGGGCAAGGCUGAUGGUGCAGCGUCUACAAAUGGCGUGACCUCUGCAUCUGGUGGUUCAUCAACAGACGGUGCACCGCCGACUGCCCAGUCUGGGACGGACGUGGGUUUUAAGAAUGAUAGAACGGAGCGAUCAAGCGGGCGGCAGAACGGGAAAUCAGGAUCCGAAGUGCGCAGUUCAGUCUCCCAUCAAACAUCAGGUGGCAGCGGGAAUGGUACAUCCGGCAAGUUGCGCUAUGUAGAGACAGGGGGUGGCAUCGUGCGUAGUGGGCGAGGAAGUUCAGCAUUAGGAUCUCAGGAUGGACAAAGUGGUAGCCAGGGGGAUGCAAAAAGCGAUGGCGCAAGCGGCGACGGCAAAAAUCAGGAUGGGAAGGAGGCUCGGGAGAACGGGGAACCGCUUAUGCAGAGCCAGGAAGGGCGCCAGCAGGUGGUGGCGGAUGAUAGGAAGAAGCAGGAUGGUGCUCUUUGGAGUGAAUCUGCAGGUGGGAAUCAUAGACAAGGAGGCAGGCGUGAUAGAAAUGGGCAACAAGGAGCAAAAGAAGGAGAUGGUGGUGCUCCGGGAGCGGAUGUGAUAAGCAAAUUGGUGAAGAGAGGUCGAGGUCCUCCAGCAUUGGGAAGCAACGAGAAGCAAGUUCAAGUAUGGGUUGCCGUUCAAAAGACAGUUUCGGGAUGAUAGUCUUAUGUCUACAUCUGCAUGGAUGCGGAACAAAUUGGACAUUAUGGACGGCACGGUGAUGCUAGCGCAGAAAGAAUAGCUUCACCUGGGUGCGAGAGAACAGUACUAUUGGCUCACGGACAGUGAUCCCGAGAACAUCAGGACGCGUAUGUCGCAGAAGUGGUAGGAACCUCAACACAAGACAAUUCAGUGAUGGAGGUUGUUUGGGCGUGGAAGUUUUCACAAGACAAUAAUUUGUGGCAAUUUGUCUACUGCACAGCUUGAAUUAGCCAGUGUGUAGACACUUGAAAAAUUCACCUAGUUUUGCACUCCUUUCCCGAUUUUGGCGAAACUAGGAAUACUCAUCAUCCCCAGUUCUUGGGACUUCACGGAUAAGCUUAUCUUCUGGGGCUAGAUUUUAACGUGUGACGUUAAUAGAGCCCAUCGGGAUGAAGCAAACGACUGGUUUGGCCUUUGCUAAUGGAGGGUUCGAAAGUUGCCCAGGGACGUGAGCACUUCGGAUAUUCAGAAAGUACUCCCUGGAGGUUGCACUCAGCGUCAUAUGAAGUUUGAUAACUUUCUUCCUGUAAGUUAGUUUGGCUUUAUUUCAGAGGAAAGUUGUAUUCGAUAGGAGCGCGGAGGCACUGGAGUAUUUUCGAAAGCUUUUCCUGCAUAUAUGGAUUAGUUUUGAACAACCGUAUGCAAGAUAAAUGGUGUAACUUGCAAGUAUCUGCAAUACAAAUGUUAUGUUCUUUGAACUGUAGGAUAGAUAGCUAACACCGAAAAGUACAGUUCAUCACCUUGACUCGUGGGAAGAUCAUAUUCUUAUACCACUCUUGUUUGAAAUGUGUUAUGCCUAAUAAAAGUAUGUUACGAUCAAUGUGAGAUUUAGUGUUA